AUGGAGUUGAAAAAGAUCGUUUAUCUAUGGUUUGUUUUUUCUGUGGUGGUGUUGCAAAGUGGUAUGGUAGGCAGUGAACAGAGUGCUUUCGAAUUGCCAGUACAGUUGGUGGGAUUUCCCUUCAUCAUAGCUGCAGUGAGGGUCACCAAUUUCGUCAAGAAACUCUCGUAUGCCGUUAGUCCAGCGACGUACCGAUCACGCACACGUCGCGACGCGGACCCGUUCGACGUGCAAGACGUCGAGAAGUACAUCGUGGGUGAAUACGGAGAGAGGGCGUGCGUGUUUGAACGCGUGUGCGCGCGGUACGCCACCGGUGCGCUGUUGUCGCCGCCGGCGCAGAUCGACUUCAAGGAGGUUUUUAGCCAGUACAAGCGGUCGCCCGACCAGGCCAAGGAACUGUACCUUUUGAGCGUAUUCCUCGGAGACAUCGUGGGCUCCCCCCAGCUCUGCCAUCAGCUGGGCAAGAGGAGGGGAUGUAAUGAAGCGUUGCUGAAUUAA